UUACUUGAAGACUAACCACCAAAUUUACCAGAUGUAGUAAGAGCACGUAUAUGUGUAAGGAAAAUCUUUAUCCAAAUUAAGAAUAUUUUGGUCACAGCAAAAAGAAAAGGAAAGAAAGAUAGGAAAUACGGCUUUCCCAUCAAAGAAUUUGUAUGAUAUUUUCAAGUGACGUCAUGUACAUGGAUGAAUUGAUAUCAAUAUAAACAAAAAAAAAUUGAACGAAACUUAAUAUAUGAUAAUUCAGUAUUAAACUGAAAUACUUCAGCGCCAAUAUAAGAUAUAGCAAGGGGAGUAAUCUUUUGUCGAACUUCGACAGUUUCAAGCAGGGCACACGAAACAACUUCCUCUUCAUCCUAACAGUGAAAACCGGAAAUAUUCUCUUCAGUUACAAGGAUGCAACCUUGUAACGAGAGAAGCGACAUCUAGUGGUGAACCAUCUCUAUAUAAACAGGUAAUGAUUCCAAAAUAAACAUUGCAAUACACCGGAGACAUCGUACUUAAUAGACAUCGAGUUCUGGUCCUCCUCACUACCAAUUUCAACAAUGAAACUUACAGUUACUCUUUUUGCUCUUCUCUACUUGCAUUUGAUUAUUGUGAAGGCCUUUCCAAAAACCCAAUGCGUUGGAAAAGAAACCGACAUCUUGUUUGUAUUGGAUUCUUCUUCAAGUAUCUGGCCAAAGGAUUAUGAGCGGCUUCUGAAAUUUAUACAGGAAUUCGUUGAUUCUUUUGAAGUGGGUAUGAAUAAAAUGCGCAUGGGUGUUAUAACAUACAGUAAAAAGGCCCAUUUGGAAUUUCCUAUUGGGCAAUAUGUUACCAAAGAAAAACUGCAAAAAGCUAUUAGUAAAAUUCGUUACCGAAGUGGUUGGACAAAUACAGCAGCAGCUCUAAAACUUGUUAAAGAGCAAUUCCAGUCAUUAGUCAAAAGCAACGCCACUUUGGUCACAAUAGUUAUCACAGAUGGUAAUUCCCGUUCCCACAGAAAGACAAAAGCAGAAGCGGCAAAUCUCCAUCGACUUGGUAUAAAAGUCUAUGCUAUCGGAAUCGGUAAAAAAUAUCAUAUAAAGGAAUUAAAAGUUAUUGCAAGUGACCCAGAUAAUGGUGUCUAUAGAUUUUUCAAUUAUAAAUCUUUGGAAUCUAUUGGGAAAAACUUCUUCAUAAAGUCUUGCAGAGUUGGUGAACCUGAAGUUCCCGGUAACAUCGUAUCAAAGACAACACCUGUUGUGCUUGAGAAGACGACUAAGUCCCCUGUGCUGAAAGUAAAUGAUACAAGCACCACAGAAGUCUCACCAAGCACUACAACUACUGUAUCAUAUAUCACUGUUCCUACACCAGUAACUACUAUUUCUAUCUCUGAAACAACAACAACCAGCAACUACAAGAAUGAAACCAGCCCGCAAGACAAACCAGGAAAAGGAAGGCCAGAAAUUUUACCGAAGACCGAAGCAACUGUCAUCCUGUUUGGUUACGACAUGGUGUCCCUGGGCUAUAACCGUACCGCGAAGAUAUCGACAUUUAUAAGCAAACUUCUACCAUAUAUGACUUACCAAUAUUUCGGUGUUACAAACUACGCUUAUUGCCCAAGCGGCUUUAGUAUCCCUCUCACAUCAGUGACAAAUUUCACUCGACAGCUAGUUCAGGAAAAUAAUUUUCCGACUCUUGUUGAUAUUGUGAAGAAAAUGAGGAAUCUUAUUUACACACACACUGUACUUAAAGAGCAUUCGGGAACUCCGACAGCCGUACUCUUCGUAGAUUCAGAGAUGACGAAUAUUUCAGAUAGCCUGCUUGAAGAAACUAGAAAGCUCAAAGGAGUACGCACAAGAUUGUUUGUUGUUAGCAUUGGCUCAGGACAAACUAACCAUACGCGUGAUUUCCACUUUCUGAGCAGUCAACCUCAUGAAAACUACACAUACUAUGUAUCAAAUUACAAACAGUUGGUGCAAUUGGCAGACGACAAACCACAAAUUUUCAAAGACAUGUGCAACCAUAAUUUCACAACAGAAAUCUUCAACACUACUUCACAGAGGCCAGAUUUAAGUUAAAUACCAAGAAGCAUUGUAUCAUCAAAGUGAAAGAAGAAUUUACAGUAAAAAGAAAAAUACUAAAAAAAAAAAAAAA